GGCAUGGACAUGGCAAUUUCGAAGUUGAACAGUGGCGGGUGGGUUCACAUAUUUCUGGAAGGAAGUCGCUCCCGGGAUGGUGGCAAGACUAUGGGUACGGCAAAAAGAGGUAUUGGAAGGUUGAUUUUGGACGCAUACACUGUUCCAUUUGUGCACACGGGUAUGCAGGAUAUUAUGCCCGUGGGAGCCAAUGUUCCACGUAUUGGCAAGACAAUCAAGUACCAAACGCAGUAUGGAAUGUUUUUCAAUCUUUCGUAUCCAUUAUUCGCAACCCAAGACUCUUUACCACGAACUAAUGUUAAAAUUUACAUUGGUAACCCGAUUCACUUUGACGACCUUCUCGGGACUGAAGAAGCUGAAAACGUUUCGAGGAAACACUUGUAUGAUGCUGUAUCUUCGAGAAUUGGACAGAGACUGUACGAGUUAAAAGCUCAAGUCGACAGAGUAUCGCUGGAACAGCAGUCUUUGAUGUCACAGGACGCCAGAACAUCCUCGGACCGCGCUGCCGAUAUCUUUCACCGGGUUGAUUGGGACUCAUUCGGGAUGGGGGCACACUUCUCAGAAGAAUCAUCAACCAUUAAUAAACAACUUGGCAAUGAUUGUCUUGUCUCCAGUUCCUUAGAUCGUCAGAUCCCCAAAAGAGGAUUCUCAUCCGAAGCAGGGAUGAGUCUGAAGAUUUAA